CGGCAAUGCCAUCGAAAAGGGGACAAUAAAAAAUAAAUAAAAUGAAAUAAAACAAAGCGCCCUUAUUUUGUUUUAAUUCAUCCUCCUUUACAUUUCCGCUACUUCCUCCCACCAGUGUUUAUCCCCUUUUUUUUAUGCAAUUUUUUUCCCCCCUUGGCCAUAUACUGCGUAGCAGCACAGGGAGAGAAAAAAAAUAAAAGGAAGAUCCACGCAAACCCGAUUUAGAAACAGAAGUAACAACAAGGAGGAGCCCACCUUUGAGGCGAUUUUCGCAGGAGGAAGAAACUGUUUUACAAAAAAUGAAGAGAAAAUAACCCCCAAGGUCGCUUCAACAUCGAGAGACGUGUACCUAUAUACCCGUCGAAAAUAAUGCCGACUGAAAGUUGAAACACCGUACUGUGAACGAAUCUGUACGUAAAGAUAAUUGCCCCCUUUUUGAUCGCCCAAACGGACGUAUACCCAGUGUACAAAAAAAAAAGGAACACACCUUCUCGCAUCACCAAGUGAACAGGCACACUGAUAGAAGGCUUUCUCCACAUUUUGGGAAGAAUUAAACUGCCCAGCGGCACAUUUCGGCGAAACUUUUUUUAUUGAAAAAUGAAGACCGAAACGACGGUGGAGGAAAACCGGGACAAUCCCGAGGAUGGCCCUUUGGGACUCCUGUCCGAGUGUGUCAAGGACAACGCGCAGGUUUUAAUUAACUGCCGGAAUAAUAGGAAGCUUCUGGCGCGGGUUAAAGCGUUUGAUAGGCACUGCAAUUUGUUGCUGACCGAGGUUCGAGAAAUAUGGGUGGAGGUGGUGAAGGACAAAAAGAAGAAAAAAAAAAUUAACAAGGACAGAUACAUCAGCAUACUCUUCUUAAGGGGAGACUCCGUUAUUUUAAUUUUGAGAAAUCCAAAGUGAGGCUUAAGAAGGGAGAGCAAGUUAGCAACCGUGAGUGAUGUAAAGGUGUACUAGC